AAACUAGCUAGUGUAGCAGCUAAGGUCAUACGAAGCCUCCGUGCAGGCCCAAACUCUGCCAUGAAACUACUCGAGGGCCACGUUCAUGCGCUCACAUCUCUCCUUGCUUUUCUCACUGCAGCCAACGGCUUCUACCUCCCCGGCGCCGCGCCUCACAACUUUGGCCCUGGCGAACCCGUGAAUGUUUAUGUCAAUACUCUGACGCCAAUCUUGGCGGGCAAAGACGACGCAAAAGUGAAAUCUCUUAUUAAUUAUGACUACUACAACGAGAAGCUGCACUUCUGUCAGCCCGACGGAGGACCCACGAGCUCUCCAGAAGGGCUUGGAUCCGUGCUGUUUGGUGACCGCAUAUUCAACUCCCCGUUCGAUAUCAAGAUGUUGGAAGGGAACGGGACAUGCAGAAGCCUUUGCAUCGUCCCCGACAUACCAGGGGAAGACUCCAAGUUCAUAAACGAAUUGAUUCGCGAAGACUACGCGCUCAACUGGCUCGUGGACGGUCUACCGGCCGCUGAGAUGAAGGAGGAUCUUAAAAGCGGGGACAUAUUCUACGACAUGGGCUUCAAUCUCGGUGACGACGAGACGGAGACGCCCUACUUGAAUAACCACUACGAGAUAGUGAUGAAGUAUCACGAACCUUCACCAGGAGUUUACCGCGUUGUCGGUGUGCUGGUCUGGCCAUCGAGUCGAGGGGGUUCCCAAGAAAGCACGACACCCAACUGCGAAGGUGCUGCAGGAAAGCUGGCCCUUUCAGAAACUUCGAAUACAACCGUCCAUUACACGUACCGAGUAACUUGGGAGGAAUCCGACACGCCAUGGGCCACUCGCUGGGAUAACUACCUUCACAUAUUCGACCCCCGUAUCCAUUGGUUCAGCCUCGUCAACUCGCUCGUCAUCGCUUUCUUCCUCUGCGUAAUGGUCGCCAUGAUUCUCUACCGCACAGUUUCCCGCGACAUUUCAAGAUAUAAUGCCAUUGAUCUCAGUGAAGAUGUCCACGAAGAUUGGGGGUGGAAGCUCGUCCACGGUGAAGUGUUCCGCUCUCCACAGAAUCCCUUGCUGCUUGCAAUCCUGGUUGGAAAUGGCACACAGCUAUGUGCCAUGGUGUCAGUUACCCUUGUGUUUGCUUUGCUCGGUUUCCUUUCACCAUCUAAUCGUGGAUCGAUUGCCACGGUGAUGAUGGUGUGCUGGACAUUAUUCGGAGGUAUCGGAGGAUACUACUCAAGCCGUGUCUACUCAUCUCUUGGUGGCCAGAACCGGAGGCGGGCUGCUUUCUUGACUGCUACUGCAUUGCCCACGACUAUCUUUGCCAUCAUGUUCCUUCUGAAUUUCUUCCUCUUGACUGCAGGGUCCUCUGGAGCUGUACCCUUCGGUACAAUGCUGCUUGUCGUUGUCUUGUGGUAUGGUAUUUCUGCGCCGUUGUCAGCAAUUGGCUCGUACAUUGGCGGUAAACAAGGAGGUGUCUCUCACCCUGUCCGCGUGAACCAGAUUCCUAGACAAAUUCCUCCGGGGCCAAAAUAUCUUCGCCCGUGGGCAGCCGCCCUGUUGGGAGGCAUUUUGCCUUUCGGUGCCGCUUUUGUAGAGCUGUUCUUCGUCAUGUCCAGUCUAUUUGCCUCACGGGCGUACUACGCUUUCGGCUUCUUGGCACUCACGGCUCUCAUCGUGUCGCUCACCGUUGCAACAGUGUCCAUUCUUUUCACGUACUUUAUGCUUUGCGCCGAAGAGUACAGGUGGCACUGGCGAGCUUUCCUCGUGGGUGGUGGCAGCGCUUUCUGGGUGCUGGGAUACGGUUUGUUCUACUGGGCCACCAGGCUCUCUCUGGAAUCAUUCACGAGCAUUUUGUUGUAUUUGGGCUACUUGCUCCUGCUGGUUCUGUUGGUCUUCAUGGUCACAGGUACUAUUGGAUUCUUGGCAUCGUAUUGGGCGGUACGGAGACUAUACAGUGCCAUCCGCGUGGAUUAGAUCUAUGCCCCAUAGUUUUCUGCCUGCUUGCCACCUAACUGUUAGCUUUAACGGGUGCCUUGGUAUUCGGAUAUGUAGACGUGAUCAUAUCAUAUCACAACUAAUAAUAGUAGUAUGUCCGCAGACGGCUCAAGGUGAAGUACUCUGACAUCUACCUUCUCGCUACUGCCUCUCCGAUGCCAGUAUGAGGUGUUUAUCCUUGCCAGCGCGCACGACUGCUAUUCGCCCAUCUAUCAAGUCACUUUCAGCUAGUUGAUAGCGAAUGUCGGCUACCGUCUUGUUGUUGAGGUAGAGUCCCCCUGCAGAGACAAGCUGUUUCGCGGCAGAGCGAGAUGCAGCAAGUUUGCGAGAUGCUACAAGACCAAUAAGAGGGCCAUUAAGCAUCUCAUCUUGAUUACAGAACACAAGCCUAGGGUCGCCUUUCAAGGAGUCUAGAACCUGGUCUGCAGUGAGUGAUGAGUAGUCGGUUCCGAAGAGGAUUUGUGUCGCGAUCCUUGCUUUGUUGAGAGCAGCGUCUCCAUGAAUCAUUCCCGUCAUUUCAUCCGCCAACCUGCGUUGAGCGACACGUUUUUCUGGGGCAUUCUGGUGCUCUGAUAUCAGAGACUCGAUUUGCUCUAUCGGCAUGAGAGUAAACAUCUUCAGGUAUUUCCCAACGUCUGCGUCGGUUGUUUUCAGCCAAAACUGGUAGAAGUCCAAAUAGCUUGUCAUUGACUCAUCGAGCCAGACUGCAUUUCCAGCACUUUUGCCAAACUUUUCCCCAGUCGAGGUGGUCAACAAUGGCGUGGUAAGAGCGAAGCCUUUUUCGUGCGCAUCUCCUCGCAGAGUCUUGUCUUCCGCGUUGGCGCGCUCAGACUUGUUGAUGAGCUCUAUUCCACUCAGUAUAUUGCCCCACUGGUCGGACCCGCCGAUUUGUAUCGUACAUUGGCGACGCUUAUAGAGCAUGUAGAAAUCGUAUCCCUGCAGCAGCUGAUAGGUGAACUCAGCAAAUGAGAUACCUGACUGAGCAGCCAUGCGAGUCUUGACACUAUCUCGUGCUAUCAUUUGGUUUACUCUGAAGUGGACGCCAGCAGUGCGGAGAAACUCGAGCAGAUUUAGGCCACCCAGCCAGUCCUUGUUGUUUGCUACUUCAAGUGUUCCGCAAGUUUGAGAAGAUGUAUUUCUUGACGCAUAUGCGGUGAUUCUAUCGAAAAAGUUCUGGAUUGCUGUGGUCAGGGCGGCCACGUUGUUAGCGAUAUGCUCUUCGUGAGAGAGAGCACGCUCAGUGGCCCGACCAGACGGGUCUCCUACUAGACCUGUGCCUCCUCCUAUGAGGGCAAUCACAUUGUGACCUGCAGCAUAGAAGCGGUAGGAGGAUAUGAGAGGUAUGAGAUGGCCCGCGUGGAGAGCGCUGGCAGUCGGGUCGACGCCAACAUAGAGAGUUCUUGCACUGUUCGCUAGGUGCUGCUCGAAGUCUGUCUGCCUAGUAAUGUCCGCAACAAGCUGCCGUUUCUGAAGGUCGUUGAGGAGGUUGUGUGCUGAUGCGUGAUGUCUCCUGUAGACGUUGAGGCUAUAGUAGCUUGGAUCGCAGCGUGUGCUAGGUC